CAUACACCUGUUUGCUGCUAGGAACCUGACCGUUUUGUUUAUGCGUUCUUUCCGUUGUCAUUAUAGCUGGACAACUAAGACUGUCCUCGCGGCCUUUGUCCACGAAACUUCACGCCCUCGAGCCUUUCAAAUUUGCACGCUGCCAUUGCAUACAGUGCACUGACAUUUCGAAGGAUAGAGACAACAGGCGCAGCCGACGGAACAGUGCCAUUGCACAUGCUAAGGAGAGGCCGUGUUGCCGUGUAGACGCCGUGUAGUUCAUAAAGCAUACAACAACGGAUCAUCGGCUCGAAGAUGGGUUGUGGCGCCUCCUCAGCUAAGGGCGCUCAGAAGGACGUCCAACCACAGCCUAAGGGGUCAGUACAGCAGCCAGCUGCCAGGUUGGAUGCCUUGCCGGUCCAAGGCACUGCUGUGGUGACAGCAGCGCCUCCCACGAGUACAGCACCAGCACUUGCAAAAGAGGGCUUGACACCAACAACGCUGCCAGUGCAAGCGGCGCCCAAAGCCCUGGUGGAAGCCGUACCCGAGCCGGCCCCUGCUGAGCCUGCUUCAGCUGUCACGGCUCCUUCGCCCCGCGACUCUGCUCCGGCUCCACCACCCGCCAAAGCUGCGACCAUGCCUCCUACCCUUGUCCCUUCUCCGCCCCCCGCUCCUGCCUCAUCUCCAGUGCCGGCCCCGGCCCCUGCUCCGAGCCCCGCUGCAGCGCCUGCCCCAGCCUUAAAUCCAGUAGUACCGCCGCGCCCUGCAUCUGCCCCUGCUAAGACCACGUCAAAGGGACCAAUAACAUCAGCCCCCCUGAUUCCAGGACCCGCCCUAACACCUGCUCCGGCCCCAGCCCCGGCUGCUGCCCCGCUUUUCACCUCACCACCAGCAGCUGCUGAGAAGGAAGCAGCUGCUGAAGCCGAGGAAGACGCAGCAGCAGCAGCCGCGGAAGAGGUACCUGCAGCUCUAGUGCCCAAACCGCCGCUGACUAGCACAGGCUCCCGACUGCACCUGCCGCCGCUGCAGUCGCCGCCAACGCUGCCUCACGAGGAGCAGCCGCAGCCACAGCUGCAGCAGCAGGCCUCCCAGCGGGCCAAGAGCGAGGGCGUGGCGGCGGCGGUUGAGGGGACUGCUGCUGCCGAGGAGGCUGCUGCGGAGAAGUCAGUCGCUGCUGAAGCCUCAAGGGAAGCAGUUGUGAUGGAGGCGGCUGCGGCUUCGAAACCAGCUGCGGAGGAGGCUGCGCCUGUGGCUGCCGGAGAGCAGCUUGUGAAGGAGUCUUCCAGGAGGGAGGUUGAGGAGGCUGUGAAGGAGGGCGCUGCCGAGCCUGCUGACGAGCCCGCUCUUGAGCGGGCUGAUGCGCUUGCCAAGGAGCCUUCCGAGGCCACUGCCAAGGAGGCUGCUGCGCCAGUUACGGAGGCAUCUGCUGAGACCCAGCAGCAGAGCGCAGAUGGCGCCUCAGGCGGCCCUCUUCGUCCAGCUGAGAGGGCUGUCUCCCUGGCCUGGUUGGAGUCCUUCGUGGGCGACUCCGACCUCUCCGCGGUUGACAUGGAGGCAAAAUACAUAGUACCCGCGACCCGCGGGUCACCGCUCAGCACCUUUGCAGACGUUUUGGUUUCCCGCGGCGACGCCGAGAGCGUGUCCAAGGGCCGGCCGUACCAUUACGUCAUCUACCCUCGCUCCCGACCACUCGCUGAAACCGUUGCCAUGCUUGCCAAACACUUUGCUAGCGAGGGACCGCAGCUGCUGGAAGGCGAGUCUGCGGACCCGGCCAAGAAGGACGUGUUCUUUUGGCUGGACGCCUUUGGCCUGGAACCCUCGCAGGCCGCGAGCGCCAGCGAUGAUGCCGAGGAAGGUGCUCCAGCGGCGGUAGCGGUAGCAGCUCAGCUUGCGGAGGCUCGUGAGGCGCUGGCGGGUGCUAAGACGGUGCUGCUGGUGAUGGACGAGGAGGGCGCGGGGCUGUCGCAGCUGUGGUGCCUGUACCAGAUCUGGCUGGCGGGCAGCUUGGCGGACGGUGGAAGGCCCGUACGGGUGCUGUCGUACGACAUGGACUUUGAGGAGCUGCGAGAGUUCAUCGCGGACUUGGACCUCUCCGCCGCCUCCUCCGACACCUACCUCCCCAGCCUGAGCCCCCACAUGCUGCAACACAUCCUUAGCACCCCUCCUUCCAACCCAACCACCUCCGCUGCAGCCUCCCGGGCCCUACGCGACGCCCUGGUGGACAGCAUCCUAGCAGAAGCAACCGCUCUGGAGCUUCAAAGCCGCCCCAAGAUCGAGGCCGCUAUCGCAGAAGGCCGCCCCUGCGGCUGCGUCGCCGCCCACGUCAGCGGUCUGGUGUACCACCUCGACCGAGCCGCACGGCUGCUUGAAGCCUUGGACCGCAACUCCGAGGCGGAGUUCCUGUUCCGGCGGGUGCUGGUGGCGACUGAGGUGGCGCUGGGUCGAGACCACCCCGACACGCUGACGUCAGCGGCCAACUUGGCGUCCAUGCUGCAUGAGCACGGCAAGCUGGCGGAGGCUGAGCCGUUGUUGAGGAGGGUGCUGAGCUCGCAGGAGCGGGGGCUGGGGGCGGAGCAUGUGGAGACGGCGGCGUCGUUGGAGGCGCUGGGGUCGCUGCUGCAGGAGCAGGGCAAGCGGGAUGCCGCCGAGGCGGUCUUCCGUCGCGCCCUGACCGCCUACGAGGCCUGCCUGGGUCCCUCCGCCAAGGAGACCCUCACCGCGGUGGGCAACCUGGCGCUGGUGCUGCGGCAGCAGGGCCGGCUGGGCGAUGCGGAGCCGCUCUACCGCCGCGCGCUGGCGGGCUACGAGGCGGCGCUGGGGCCCGACCACCAUGACACGCUGGGCGCGGUGAACAACCUGGCGAUGCUGCUCAAGGCGGCGACCAAGCUGGAGGACGCGGAGGCGCUGUACAGACGCGCCCUGGACGGCUGCGAGCGGCUGCUUGGCUCCGAGCACCCCGACACCCUCUCCGCCACCAACAACCUGGCGGCGCUGCUGCAGGCGCAGGGGCGGCUGGAGGACGCGGAGGCGCUGUUCCGGCGCACGCUGGCGGGUCGGGAGGCGGUGCAGGGGCCGGACCACCCCGACACGCUGCUGUCGGUGAACAACCUGGCGGUGCUGCAGCAGGCGCAGGGGCAGUACGCGGAUGCGGAGCCGCUGUUCAGGCGUGCACUUGCGGGCUGGGAGGCCUCCCUGGGCGCCGACCACCCCGACACCCUCACCGCGGUUGCCAAUCUGGGUUUCGUACUGGAGGCUCUCAACCGAGACCAGGAGGCGCUCGCCAUGUACGUGAGGGAGGCGGACGGUCGCGAGCGGCGCGGGGAUACGGAACGUGCGGCGGCGCGGCGGCAGCACAUUGCGGAGAUGCAAGAGAAGCUGCAGGCUACUGCGGGUGCGAGCAGGGAGUAAGGGGGCGGGAUUGGGUUGGCUUGCGGGGAUGGAAUGAUGUGUGGAGCUAUCCGCGCCAUGCCAGGUCGUGCAGUUACAGAACUGCCAGGAUCGAAGGGGGGACGUUGGGAGCAGGAGUUUGCAAUGCAGGCGGCUGAGGACAGGGAUGGGGGAUGCAGGUUUGGAAACGUGGUAUCAGGUUGUUGGUGCUGGAAAGGGCGGAGGAAGGAAAAGCUUAUGCAUUGGCUUCGUCUUGGUGUGUACAGGGUUCAUGGGUCUGGUGGUGUUCGUGCGAACUGUGCAGUGGGUUGAGCUCCAUUAUGGUAGUAGCUUGUGCAUUUCAAUUCAUACGUGUAGCUGUAGCGGGACCUGCGCAGGCAUGAUGUGCAUGUGUGCGUGAGGUGGCAAAGGGGCUUGCGGGCGGGACGGCGACCAGCCUGCAUGCUGUGCCGAGCAAGGCUUGGCCGAUUUGGAGCGCGCGCUUCAUGUACGACAGCGUCCAAAAGUGUACGGAUGGUUUGCUUAACGUAGGCCGCGAUUUCGCUAUGAGAAGGUGCACGGGUCGGCUGUGUGACGACAUGAGAAGUGCUGAUUGAUGGUGAGGUAUUCAUGGUUCGGGAUCUGCUGUAUGGAUUGGUUCCGGAUCCGGUUGGAAUCUGUUUAUCGUUAGGCACUGCGCUAGCCGUGCGAUUACCCCAUGAUGUGGAUAUUCGUGUGGGUUGCGUGGUUGGCUGGAUUCUACCAUGGGAGCUGCUAGUGAGCCUAACAUGUUACAAGGCUGCAUGCGCCCCAUAAAGCUGUUGCCAACGCUUGCCGGCCAUUGAUUAGCUGUGUCAAAGGUAGUCAUCGUAACUUGCAUGUAAAGGGUUGUUACGAAGAGGUAAGUAGUGGUGCGUGGUGUUGGUCGCGAAAUGCUUCUAGUGCACGAACAUUGGAAACGGUAAUUGUCAUUCGAGCAUCCCACUUUGUUGGCGUUUUGGCUGCUGAUCUCGACCCUCGGUAUGCCUGUCCCGACGUGUGCCCGUACACUUUGUACGGAGUCAGGGGAACUGUCGUUGCAAGGACACGGUAGCGACCACGGGCGUCGGAGGCCUGAUGCGGAGGUCGUACGGCAUGUCACGACCCCUUAGUUCGUGAAUGACAUUCGGAACUUUGCUUAGUGUGACUGUGUAUUACGGGAGAAAUCGAAAUUUAGGUGGAAAGCUAUGGAGGGCAAGGUGGCCGUGGCCGGAAGCGUUGCUUGGACACGCGAUCCUUACUGUAACUCUCAGC